AUGAAAUUAAAAUCAACAGUUAAAACUUAUAAAGUUAAUUCGACUGAAAAGCAUUUAAUAGAUUAUUUAGUACAUUGUCCAGAACCAAAGUUAUACGAUUGUUUGGUUAAUUUUACUGAAUGGCCAUUUGAGAAAAAUGAUGAUUUAAAUCAUUGGAACGAUUUAUUAGACAGAUUUGAAGAGAUUUUUCAAAGAUUGAUUCAAACCUAUACACCUCCAAAAUAUGUAACUUCAUUAUCAUCUUCCACCUCUUCUACGACGUUGUCUUCUUCGACAUCAUCAAACUCAUCAACAACCUCAUCAUCAUCAUCAACAACAACAACCGCCACAACCGAUCAACCGACAACACAACAAUCUCAACAUCAACAACAUGUUGUAUACUCUCCAAUACUUUUGAAACCAGACCAUAUUACAGAAGACCAAUACAAUAGAGACAAAUCAUUCUUGAUAAAUAUUUUGAAUUUUACCAAAUCACUUUUGUAUUCUUGUAAUUCAAUCAGUAUUUAUCAUUCAUCAGAGGAAUUAUUUCAAUUGUUAGCAUUUAAUGAUUUUGAAAUUGUUUGUGGAGUAUUACAAGUAUUGAAUGCAUUGUUGACCAAUCAAAAAUAUGUAAAAGAAAAUCAUACUCUUUUACAAACAUUAUUGAUUCCAAAAGUUGCCAUGUUUUCUCAAGGUUUCUCUGAGAGUCAUCUUGACCUUUUAGCAUGUUGUAGUGAAACUUUAGAGUUACCAAAAUCAAUUUUUAAUACAACAUUUGAAUUUUAUGAACCAAAACCAAAAUUUGUAAAUAAUAAUACAUCAACCACAACAACAACCACAACAACUACCUCUUCGGAUACAUUUUCAAGUAUUACAACAGCACCUGGUGGAAAGGUGGUGAUCAGUCUACACCACAUUGACAGAAACGAAGAGAAUAAUCCUUGGCAAGCGAACGCUGUUGGACGACGACUUGUUUGCAAUCUACUAUCGCUUCCAGCUGGCGCGUGCAAUGUUGUCGCCCAAGGCACGCCAAAAAUGGGUCGAGAUGCGUCUUUUGACUGUCAACCUAUUGUACCAGCCAACAUUGACGGGCGAGCAGCGUGCAUGGCAGGGGUUCCCCGAAGUGUUGGUUGA